AGAACGACGAGCCGCACGUAGCGAUAUAGAGUACCUAGCGGUCCUCUAAAGGGGGCGACAGACCCAGACACAUAGCAUCUCUGAACGGCUAGAGCGAGAGCCGCUGGAAGCACUCGUGCAUAAAACUGCACGCUGCACUCGAGGCAGCAGUGCAGCAGUGCAGCGGCGGGCGAGAUGGCAGCGCAGCACCUCGCCGCGCUGUCGUUAGAUGAUAGACCAAAAGUAUCGGACGGCGUCGUCGCGGACGCGGCGCCGGGCGUCGCCUGGUUGGAUGCAAGGACGCCGGGCGCGGGCUGGGCUUUAUCUGUAGAGCCGUUCGACGAGUCUGAUUUCGGGCUAGAGGAAGGCGACGCGGUGCCGGACCUAAACAUAGAUCAAGAGGAUGGCAUCCUGUCCCUGCUCAAUUCAUCUCAAAGAGCUAGGGCAUACCACGUCUCGAUAUAUGACAGGACGCUCACGGCAUCACAUGGCACCUUAACAUCAUGCCCAUGUCGAGGACGGCGCUGCACGACGUUAUCAGUAGCGGUGCCACCUAGAACAUCAGUAGACGUCUGCGAAGUCGAGGGCGACGCGUUGACUGUGGACCUCGCGUCGGACGUGGUCGACAUCGUGGAACCUACAGAACUGGAGGCGAGGACGUACGACGUCUUCCCCCUACCUAGUGAAGGGGGCCCGUGGCUCUGCACGCAGGCUUCCGGUGGUUUGUUGUCGCACUAUGCUCAUGCUUCGACAUAUCAUGCUGUAGAUUUUAGAUGUCCGGAAGGUACACCAUGUCUAGCAAUUGCGGAUGGCGUCAUCCACGCCGUCGACGUCGCCAACGAAGAUGGCGGCAUCCACGUCUCGGAGCUAUUUCGGUGGAAUGCCGUGACGGUGCAAUUGGACGACGGCUUCUUCGCGGAGUACGUUCAUAUACGGUCGUCGGCAUGUAAGGUCGGCGACCGCGUGAGGAAGGGAGAUAUCAUAGGAGCGACGGGGGCCGUCGGCUUCUGCCCCGAGCCCCACCUUCACUUGGAGGUCCACGCGUCGGCGGCGAAGGACGCUCCUUCUGUGCCGUUGCGCUUUGGCGAUCGGGUGCCCCGGGCCGGGGAGUGGUGGGACGGGUACGCGGCGUCCUCGUAG